GAUAACCCCCUACUUCCGGGUUUAGCCGGCAGUGCAGCCAUUUGUGUGAGUGUGUGUGUGUGUUUGUAUGUGUUUGUGUGUGUGCGUGCGUGCGUGUGAGUGUGUGUGUGUGUAUGUGUGUGAAGGCGUCUUCUAUGGCUCAGCUUUGUGGCUGGGCUCAGUCUACACGGAGCGACCUGGCGGAUGCUGACUCGAAGUGGAAGCCAGACCCCCGCCACUCGAGUCAUGCCGGGUGUGCUUCAGGAUCGGGGCAGGAAGCGGUGAGCACAGUUUCGUUCUGACGCUGAGUCGUGAGUGGCUCAGACCCGCCCCGGUCCUCACCACGGGCUCACGGACGUCCAGCUUGGCACCACGCCACACCUGGAGGAGACCAUGGAGCAACAAGAUGAUGAGUCCCUGGAGUCCCUGCAGGCCUGUGUGGAGGAAGAGUCUAUCACACACCAAAGGCUAGCAUUUCCCCUGAUAAGCUGGAAGCCAGUAGGUCCUAGUGAUUCUCUGCUCUCUGCCCCUCUGAGCUGGGGCUACAGAACUUUGUUCUACCCCAAGAGAUGAUCAUUGAAGUGGAGGGAGAAGAUGCUGGGUCACUGGACAUCAUGCCUCAGGAAAGCACAGACUUCAAGAUUGUAACUGUGGACCUUACAGAGGAGGGACAGAGCAUGUGGAACAAUGCCCAGAGAACCCCAGAGAAAACCGUGAUCCUGGAAGGCCACAGGGACCUGUGGGACUUGCCAGCUGUACAUGGAACAGAAGGAGCCACCGCAAAGCAGACAAUCUUCAAUGAAGAACCAUCCCAUGGAUUGAAGCUAGAGGGGUCGGCAAGAGAUGACCCUUGGCUGUCAACAUGUGAAGAAGUCCGAGACUGUAAGGAGCAGUCGGGGAAACAACCGAACAAGCAAGAGGAGGUGGCCUUUACCCAGGGUAGCGCUGGCUCUCCUGAUACUGUCUACAGGGGUCAUGACCCUGACAGGAGUUGCCUGAGUACCAGCCGGCCUUCAUUCCCCAUGAUACCCCUCAGAAACCAUUUCCAUAAACAGGCGUCACAUGUUAAAAAGUUGCAUGGUGAUGUCGUUGCAAGCAGUCACCAAAAGAUCAGUGAUAGCUCAGAUCUCCUUGAAGAUGACACAGCUGGGGCAGUUCCUCAGAGCAUCCGCCCCUCUCAGUUCGUAAGCAGCCCACAAGGAGAGGAAGCCUAUGAACUUAAUGGCCAUGUUCAAGCUUCUGGCCGAGGUGCGCCCCGAAAUCUAAAUGAGAAAGUUCCUUUGGAAGGUAAAACCUUUGGCUUUAAAGGGCGCGGGCAAGUUUUAAACCAUAGCGUGGUCCUCGGUGGGCAACAGGAGCUUCUUGUUAAAGAGGGCCAGGAUAAAUGUAAAACCGCCCCAAGUCCGUCUCUUCCUCAGAGCCUGAGAAACUACUCUGAGGAGAAGCGUUUUGAAUGUAAGUACUGCGGCAAGUCCUUCAGCUGGAGCUCCCAUCUCAUUGCACACCAAAGAACCCACACAGGGGAAAAGCCCUACAAGUGCAACCUGUGUGGGAAGUUCUUCACCCGGAGCUCACAUGUUGUUUCUCAUCAGCGGAUCCAUACUGGAGAGAAACCGUACAGGUGCAAUCUGUGUGGGAAGUCCUUUACCCAGAGAUAUGUUCUUGUGGUGCAUCAGAGAACUCACACUGGCGAGAGGCCUUAUGAGUGCACCCAGUGUGGGAAGUCGUUCCGCCAGAGCUACAAACUCAUCGCACAUCAAAGAACCCACACAGGGGAAAAGCCAUACGAAUGCACCCAGUGUGGGAAGUCGUUCAUCCAGAGUUACAAGCUCAUCGCGCACCAGAAAAUUCAUUCUGGAGAAAAACCCUAUGAGUGCAGUCACUGUGGCAAGUCCUUCAGCCAAAGCUAUAAACUUGUUGCACAUCAGAGGACUCACACCGGCGAGAAGCCCUUCGAGUGUAAUCACUGUGGGAAGUCGUUCAGCUGGAGCUCGCAGCUGGUGUCGCAUCAGAGAACCCACACAGGAGAGAAACCUUACGAGUGUAAUGAGUGUGGGAAGUCAUUCAACCGGAGCUCACACCUUGUCAUGCACCAGAGAACUCACACUGGGGAGAAGCCGUAUCAGUGCAAGCAGUGCGGGAAAUCCUUCAGUCAGAGCUACGUCCUCGUCGUUCAUCAGAGGACGCACACUGGGGAAAAGCCCUACGAGUGCGGCCAGUGUGGGAAGACGUUCAGGCAGAGCUCCUGCUUUACUCAGCAUCAGAGGACUCACACUGGAGAGAAGCCCUACGAGUGUAAUCAGUGUGGGAAGACGUUCAGCCUAAGUGCCCGGCUUAUCGUCCACCAGCGAACUCACACUGGGGAAAAGCCCUACAAGUGCGGCCAGUGUGGGAAAGCCUUUAUUAGCAGUUCGAAGCGCAGUAGGCACCAGGCUACUCACAGUGAGGACGCCUGUAAGUCCUGACCAGUUGAGAGUCAGAGCUGAUGUUGACUCCUGGACUGAUCCAAUCCUCUCAAGUUAUGUGGGAAGGAAUGCAUUUGGCAGGAAGUGACAGUGUGAGAAGAAUGCACAUAGACCCUUUCCUUACCCCCAUGUCGACGAAAGAAAGGAGUAAAGCCUUCAGUUUGGCAGAUGUGGAUAAGAGGUCUCCGGAGAAGAAAAACUGUUACACACGGGCUGGGGUGUGUUCUUGAAUGACUGUGCAGGCGUCAUCCCUAAGCCAAGCUCAGAAGGCCACUUCCUGACUGGCAGAAGUUGUUUCCCAAAGCACUUCGUACAGAGAAGGCAGAAGCUAGACUUAGAAAAACUGAAUGUUAGAUCAAAUACUGCAAGUUUAGUGCAGAAGCCCUCUAGUUUGAGUUCUGGCCUGGUCUUUGAGAGCACAGCUUCUCUGUUGCAAAGCUGACACUCUGUAAAUUUAGUUCAGGAGGUAUGUGUUCUAAAAUGCUCUUACUUAGGAAAGUAACUGCUGGCCAUCAGCUUUGCUGUCCUGCCUCUGGCUCUUUUCCUUCAUGCUACUAGGUGGCUGAGCCACGACCUCCCACCUCAUCUCCCCAUCAGAGUCUUCAGACCUACUCACUGCAGGCAGACGGGUCACUUAAUCCCUCAUUUAUGCAGGCUUAACCAAUCAGCUUCCAGUCAUAGCCAAACGUAAGCUCACUUGGGAGUAUCUUACUGCUCUUGAAAGAGCUGCUUUUCUAUCUCAAAGCUUUGCUUGCUCUUCUGCUGUCCUCACUAGUCAUUCCGUGCCAUCAGGAGACAACAUAGGAGCCACUGCCGCAGAGUGACGGGUGGCCAUUGAGUUGUCAGGGCCCGAGUCCUCUAAACUAAGCUCAUUCUCAGCCAAGGAAUGGACUCCCUUGCCCUCAAAGCCCCCUACAGUGUUCCUGUGGAUGCUGGCCAUGAGCUGCCUGUUUCAGGAAAUCCACAAGCAGGGUCAAGCUUGGACCAGCAUGGAGGUAAGCCCAUGCUAAAACCCCAUCACUAGUGAGUGAAGCUAGAGGACCAUUCAAGACCAGCCUGUGCUACAUAGCAAGACUGUCUUGAAAGAAAGAGAAAGAAAAGAAAAGAAAGGAAACAAGCUUGUCUUAUGUGUGCUCACACACACAUAUUAAAUGCUGGUUCUUUUCCCUGAAUAAAGAAAGCACUGAUUUCUGAAUCUCAGAGAACCUAAAUCUAAAACCAAUGGCCUUUCCUAAAAAAGACUUAAGUGAACAGUUGACUGGUGGGUGUGUUGUGGUGACUCAUCUUAGACCUUCCACUGGAUCACGGUAUUUGACCGUGUCAGUCUGCAUAGUUGCCCUGAUUGGUAGUUUGUUAUCUGUUUUGUACACUUCUGUUACAAGUGAAGAUUUUCUACAACUAAGGCAAACGACCAGUUGAAAUGAACUACAGGAACCUGAGAAAAUGUUUAUGUAUAGCCUGAAGUUGAAAAGGGAUAAUAAUCUAUUUAUUGAUACUGUUGUUUAUGUUGUUAUCUCUCAGAGAUGCAUGUUGUGCUAUAACAUGGUACAAGGAAUAAAAGUUUAUCAGAAGCAAAAAAAGAAA